GUAUCCCACGAGAUCUCCUUCAACAGGAGUGGUGUGUAAUAAGAACUUGCAAGGAACCCUCAACAGCCUCCCUGCAGAAAGACCACUCGAGAUCACUCUUCAUCCCAACCACAUAGAAAUUUUCAUAUAUCUCUUGUUUCGUAUAAGGCCCUUCACUAUGAGUGACGAGAACACAAUCUCCCCGACCAGGGUUGUCCUCCUGACGGCGUGGAACAUCUUCAAAGAGCAGUGGUAUCUUCUUAUACCGCUCUUCCUCAUCGCCCGCAUCCUAUACAUACGAUAUGCCUCGCCUCUGCGAGAGUAUCCGGGUCCGUUCCUGGCCUCGUUCUCACGACUCUGGAAGAUCGUCUCAACAGCCUCAGAACGCACACACCUACACCACAUAGAACUCCACAAGAAGUAUGGUCCCAUUGUACGAAUCUCUCCUAACGAGCUCUCCUUCUCGUCUCCCACGGUCGCCAGAAACGUCCUCUCAGCAGGCAAGCGGUUUUACAAGACAGAUUUCUACUCGGUAUUUCCACCACCGGAGAACCCAGAUAUCUUCACCGAGAUCCGUGAGGAUGUACACGCCAUGAAGAAGAAGGUGGCGAACGUGCCGUACUCGAUGGCCGCCAUGAAACAGCUGAGUCCCUUCAUCGACGACACCAUCGAUUUCCUCGCAAGCCGGCUCGACCAAUUCUGCCCCGACACCGCUAUUCCCGGUUUCCAACAAGCUGGGCUCCCCGGCAGGAACCCCAUCGUAAACCUUGGCGACUGGCUCCACUUCUUCGCUUUCGACGUGCUAGGUGAAGUGGCCUUCGGCCGUUCUUUUGGCUUCCUAGCUGCAGGCGUGGAUAAGGAGAGCGCUAUUAAGACGAUCGAUAAUAGCCAGAAGUAUAACGGCAUCGUGGGCCAGAUCCCCGAGAUAGACUGUCUGCUCCGACGGAACCCACUUUGGAGGUGGAUCCCUGCGUUUAACCCCGAGAACGCACUCAUCACGAGGAUCGCCCGCGAGGAGAUGCGGAAGCGUCGUCCCUUUGAGGUUGACCGUGAUGGAAAGGGUGCCGGUAGCGAUGGACGUGAGGACCUUCUGUCUUCUUUGAUCAGGGGACACUUGAAGGACCCGAUGAAGUUCCACGAGGGAGAUAUCUUUGCUGUGGCACAUGGUGCUAUCUUCGCUGGAUCCGACUCGACGGCCUCGACUAUGCAAUCUUUCUUCUGGCACGCUCUUUCUAUACCGCGUGUCUACUCUAGACUGGUAGAGGAAGUCGAAACUGCGGUGAAGGAGGGCAUGAUUCAAUCCGAAGGCAACGUACAAUGGACUGAGGCCCAGAACUUGCCAUACUUCCAGGCCUGCCUGAAGGAGUCGAUGCGCGUGCGUCCUGCGGUUGGUGUCAACAUCGCUAGAUACGUGCCACCAGAGGGAAUCGAGAUCGAAGGUCGUCACAUUCCUGGUGGCACACGACUUGCUCUUAACGGAUGGGUACUACACCGUGACAAGGCUACCUUCGGCGAAGAUGCUGACGUCUACCGUCCGGAGCGAUGGCUCGAGGACCCCGAGGCGGCUAAGGUUAUGGAGAGAUACAUGUUUCAGUUCGGCGGUGGUGCUCAUGUCUGCAUCGGCCGGAACCUGGCGCUUCUCGAGAUUAAUAAAGUGAUCCCUAGACUGCUGCGAGACUUCGAGUUCGAGCUAGUCUACCCGGGUCGACCGCUCAAGGCCAAGGCGACGUUCUUCGUCGUCCAGGAGGGCCUUGAGGUGUACAUCUCCCGGAAAAAGACAGAGAAGGAGGCUCAGCAAUGAGCGGCGUGAUGACACGAGACGGGAUGAGAAAGACUCAUACCCAUACUCGAAUAAAAACACGAUUGAUAUUAUUCAUCAAUCACU